AUGGUUUCCUUUGAUGUCACGUCCCUUUUUACUUCUAUCCCGCAGGACCUGGCAGUCGAGACAAUCGAACUACUCCUACGAGAGAAGUACGACGAAACGCAGAAUCGCCUCGGACACGCCCAAAUCAUCCAGCUCCUGAAGUUCUGUCUCAAGACGUACUUUACAUUCGACGGAACAAUCUACGAGCAGGUGAAGGGAACGCCAAUGGGUUCGCCGAUUUCGGGAUUCAUAGCCGAGGCGGUCCUUCAGCGGCUGGAGUCGCUGGUUUUCCGACACCACAGACCGAAAUUCUGGGCUCGGUAUGUGGAUGACACCUUCGUCGUCAUCGAACGGGAUCAGGUGCUGACUUUCAAAGAACAACUCAACGCCGUCUUCCCGGACAUUCAAUUUACGAUGGAGGAGGAGGAAAACAAUCAGCUGGCCUUCCUGGAUGUCCUCGUCUGCCGCAAAGAUUGUGGUGGCCUAAAAACCAAAGUGUUCAGGAAAGCGACAAAUACGACGCAAAUACUGAACUUCAAUAGCAACCACCCGAUCAGUCACAAACGCAGUUGCGUAAGGGCGCUAUACCGGCGUGUUGAGACGCACUGCAGUGAAAUGGAAGACAAGGUUGCUGAGUUACAAUAUCUUCGACGGGUAAUGAGAGCCAAUGGCUACCCGCGCAACUUUGUCAACCAGUGCAUACGAAAAGGACACCAGAGACCAAAUCCAAAUAGCCCCAAAUUUUGGCGGGCUCUUCCGUACGUGAAGAACGUCUCGGAAGCCGUCAGUCGUCUUCUCACUCCACUUGGAGUUGGUGUUGCACACAGGCCGGAAGCAACCAUUAGGCGCCAAGUAAUGAGGCCAAAAGACCCGCUGCCACGGCAGGAAACGUCUGGAGUCGUUUACCGGAUCUGGUGUAGUUGCGGACAAAGCAAUUAUGUCGGAGAAACUGGGAGAUUACUCCGUACGCGACUUGCCGAGCACGCAGCAGCAGUGAGGCGGGGAGACGCUAACUCUCAGGUGGCGCACAUUCGAUGGGAUCCGGCCCUACUUUCAAAUUUCAAGAGGACGAAAUCCUCACAAGGGGCGACAAAGCGUGAGCCGCGACGUGCUCGAGUCAUGGUUUUCAGGCUCGCAAUCCAUCAACAAACACAAUGACCUCCCGUUACCAUAUUCCGUGCGGAGAUUUUCCCUGGGCAGGGGAAUCAGUCAUGUGGGGAGGGCGUGGGCAAGCAAUUAUCCCAGUGACAGUGGGCCAAUUUGUCGAGCAAUUGUCACACAAGCGUCCAGCAAGAAUGACGAAAUCGCGGCAAUUAACAACUCGGACUCGGACCGCCAAGCCACCGCCGCAUCAAUUACGACCCCAGCGGCGAUUGUGAGAACUGUUAAUUGCAGUGCGCAUACGGUCCCACGGCAGCCACGUGCUAUAAAUACUGCAUUCCUGGUGCCACCUUUACCUCUAUCUGCGAAUGUCUCUGAUGAUGGGCUCGAGUGAGAACCCGAAACGUCAGGCCAAUAAACUUCUUGUCCCAGUGAUCGCAUCUUCAUCUUCUGAACUGCUACCUGGGACUCGCCUGUUCGCUUCUAUCGGCAAUGCUGCAUAUUUUUCAUGCAAGGAAGAUUCUAUAUUUCUAUAUGCCAUUAUUAAGAAGACAUAUGGUGCUCAUAAAUUUUUAUAAUGGAUAUGAUGUACGUUGUUCACUUUAUGAUCAGCAAUAAUACUAGUGCCAGUAUUAUGGUGUAUAAUUAGACAUUUCACGGUCCUAAAUAAUCGCAUAAUUAAAAGUUUUUUAAGGCCGACAGAUGCUUCUUCUUCAAGUAUAACGUUCGGAAAAUGUGCAAGCUGCCACCAGCUGGGUAAAAGGAAUAUUUUGCCCAUGCCCUUCACAAAACAUGCUUGAAUUUAUAGGGGUAUCGAUAACCAAUGGUAAAAUUCAUACUAACUGAAAUGUCAUUUUUUUGCGGAAUGUUGCUUACGCAUGCCGUCGAUAAGGAGCUCAUUCAAAAGCAGGCAUCUUAGUAUAGCUGAAAUAUAUUAGUAUUAUUUCACGUAGUAGUUGGCAUUACAACCUUGUUGAAGUAAUCUUUUGGAAUUGAAAACGAAUUUUAGACUUCCAUUCAACAUUUUAAGAGAAAUCAGGGUUUGACUGUGAUAAAGCCGACAGAAAGUCUUUAAUUUUUGAAAUGACGUAGCUUGGUUUUAUCAUAGAAAGCAGGGCUCCGACUCGACCUGCGGAAGAGACCAGUGAGGGGCCGGUCUUAUUCGAUUAGGACAGUUCCGAUUUCUAGUCCAGUAAACGCCAUUUUAGACCACGUUGGCCGAUUUCGAAUUUGGAAAACUAACAAAGGGUAAACCCUAUAGAGGAAGUCAACAAUAGAAACUAAUGUCUUCUUCAUCUUUCUAACUACGGAAAAUGAAAUUAUAGGACCCUGCACCCGAGGAAUUGGAAUACGUUUGCUAGAGAGUAACACAUGAAUUUACCAGUUUCGAGCAGAACUGAAACUUAUCAGUAUGAACUGAGACAUAUUUGCCUUCCGUUAAAAAGUGUUUAUAGAAUGAUACCUUUCAAGUUAUCACUCAGUAACUCAAGCGUGCCUUUUGGGGUGUUUCUGCAGUGGAAUGGAUUGACUGCGGGGGGGGGGUAUGUCUUGUACAUGACUUCAAUCACGUCGUGAUUGUAAUUUAGUGGCAGCGGGCGAAAGACAAAAUCGCUAGUUGAUUACUAUUGGAAACUCCGUACAAAUAGCGCUGGGUCCCAGGUAUGAGCCCAAAAAUCACAACUGCUUCAGGCAAUCGACCGAAUUAGCGAAACCCGUGUCCGAGCUCUUGACGAAUGUCUGGUAUUAGGUUAUGAUUGAGUACUAUCCAGUCUUCAAGGCUUGCUUCCGACGAGCGACUUUUCUGCUGGAAAAAAUGCAAGAUUAUUUUAUGAUUGUCUUUCAAGUGCCUCCUUUCUAUGAGACGUGUAUCGGGUCAAAACUGCGCCAUGAACUAUUUUCUGAAUCCUUUACUACCGGCUGAAGCCUCAUUGACGAAGGUACGACAUCAACCAAUGAUCAAGGUCCUUAUUGUUUCAUCAAGUGGACAAACAGGUGUCUGGACUUCGGCUUGGACUCCUGCGCGGUUUAGUGUGGGAGAAAAUUGGAAAUAAAAAUAACGCCAACAGCUGGAGAAUUUGCCAAUGUUAACUGUAUGAGGUAAUGGUUAGUUGGCACAGUGAUAACGACUAGGAUCUAGUAUCUGUUAAGCACAUGAUUUACCAAACAGUGGCUUAUUUUUAAUGAAUCGGAUUCACCUCGGUGGUCUAGUUUUCAAAGCUUUGACUUGCUGAGGCAUAUCCAAAUUAGAAAAAAAUUUGCUAGUCUGACCUUAUAACAGGGCAGAGCAUGAGGAGUAUACAUGAGGGACAGUAGGCUUGCACAUUUUAACUCCCAAUGUUCCCAAAGAAAUUAAAAGUAUUCGUAAAAGCGUGUGAAAAUCGCAGUGUAAACUGAGAUUAGACUCCGUCUCGUGAGUGCGUACAUUUUUGACGUCAAAUGGCACUGUGAAAUGCGUUUGCAAUUAAAAAACAGCAGGCAGACUAGUAUUACCACUAAAGACAAGGGAGACUGGAGUGGACAUUUCUGGCUUGUUAGCCGUCGUCAGUUAGUCAUAAUCAACCCCGAAGUGUGAAACACCUGACGCUCGACCCCGUGACCUGUUAGUUAGAAGUCCAACGCCUCUAACCAUUGGCCACGAGCCCUUUGCCCUGUCGGUUUCGAUCGGGAAUAUACAAUGGCAGAGGGGCGGUCACCGAUCAUAGUACGGGACUCGUUCGUUCCGUUGUGCCUUAGGGUUCUCUCUUGAGCCCAAACAACAGCCGCACAGCGGCGCAUGAUAUAGACAGAAUGGCAUUACCGACAGGGGAGGAAAUUGUAAGCAAUGGAAACGGUGGAUAAUAAGUGAGAUUUACAGUCACACUAAAUUUCAGGGUAUAUUUUUAUAGUUGUCGCCUACUUGUGGGUCCUACACCCUAUCGUUACCAAAGGUUCCAAUUAUGACAUAUUUCGAGACCGUAAAAUGCCGAUUCAUACAGUAACUUAACUGCCCAUUUAUAAUUGCAGCUUAUGAAGUAAACAACAUGAGCCAAACUCAUUGUGAAAUUUUAUGGGCACUUUAUGACUUUCGUUUCCGAGGGUACAGAUGUAUGUUAAUGCCCUCUCACGGAAAAUGCGUAGGGUGUUGUUUGAAAACCGUACGCACAAGUGCAACUGCAAGCCGAACAAAAAUUAUUCGGAAACCAAAGGAGAAUUUUAACGUCUGAAAAUACCUUUCUUUCAGUACAUAAUUUAAACAAGUCGUAGAUUUCUACUAGAUGAGCAUGAAAAGGGCACUUUUUUCAGCUUUACUUUAAGAUAUAUUUACAUAAAAGCUCGGAAAAUCAGUAAGGAUAUUCAUGCUACUUAAAUAUCAGGUUCUUUAAAGCGCUAUAACUACGCACAUUCAUCGUCAACAUCCUGGCAUGACUGAAAUAUCCUGGAAUUAUGCUGCAUGGUAAUCACUCUCCAAACAUCACUCAAGUAAGCUUUUCUAAUCUAACACAAAAUUCGGAGUUGCGGUUUAUAUUUCAUGAGAUUGGCCUGAUAAUUUAUGAGCAUGUCUGACGAAGGCUAAUAAGCCAGAAAUGGCCAUUCCAGUCUCUCUUGUCUUUGUCGGUAAUGCCAUUCUGCCUAUAUCAUGCGCCGCUCUGCGGCUGCUGGUUGCGCUCGAGAGUGAGCCCGUAAGGCACAAUGGAACAAGUGAGUUUCGUAAGAACGAUCAGUGAGCGUCCCCUAACAUUGUAUAUUUCCGAUCGAAAACCGACAGGGCCAGGGGCUCGUGGCCCGGUGAGAAGAGGCGUUGACUUCUAAACCAACAGGUCGCGAGUUCGAGCCUCGGGUGUUCCACACUUUGAGGUUGGGUAUGACUGACUGACGAUGGCUAAUAAGCCAGAAGUGGCCAUUCCAGUCCCCCUUGUCUUUGUCGAUAAUAAGAUGCUGUAUGAGCAUAUUUUACGUGCUCAUAUAGUCCGCCGGUUAUCGUUACAUUCAAGACUAUAUUUAAAUGCUUCCACAGCUCGAGACAUGAAAUUCACAUCAAACAGUCUGUCUUCUGGUUUCAGCAUGUAAUUUGCCAAAAAUACUUUCACAAUCCAGUCUUACUCGAGGCACACGCAGCUGAAAAAAGCCCUCAAAGACUUGUUGUGGUGGCCACAGUCCAAAUCACGCGGGGUCACCAGCAAUCAACUAUUCUAGGAGGCUGACAACGAACGACAGGAAUGAUCACUUUUGUCUUUUUAUUCAGCAUCAAUCAGCACCUAGAACUCGGAAGGAAAUCUUAUGCUCUAAAAUGCAAUCAGACCAAACUGAGGAACGUUAAUCACACGCGGCCAUGAAUGCUCACGAUUAGCAGAACUACUGAUUGCUAAUCUGGUGAUCCCGGCUCAACUCCCCAUUUCAGUGACCUGACCAAAGCAUCUGGAACGACUGCAACUUCUGGUGAAGGCUAUGAACGCUGCAUUCACUGGAAUCUGCGAUCAGGGUUGCUGUUAAAGAGUAGAUUCAUAGACGGUGGCUACAAGCAGUUGUUUGAAUACGGGAUGUCUUUAUCCGUUUAUGAAGAUUCUGUUCUUAUGACUCAAAGUCCGAACGGUAAGAUGUGGUUAUGUAGCCCCACCUGAUGGACACAGUACUGUUAGGGUUGGAGCUAGGGGUUAAGACUGGGGGUAAGGGUUAGAAGUCAGGGCUAGGGGCUAGGGUUAGGGGUCAGGGAUACUAAUUCUCAGCCACUCAAAGUACAGCCGCUCAUUCCCAAUGGCUUUUCUUUUGCGUACAACUACUUGACCUCGUCACCUUUGCGUUCCCCGACUCCACCUGUAAUAACUCCUUUUAUCACCGGUCCCGUACUACAGGUGGCUGGGGUGUGUUAACUUCAGGUGGGGCUACAUAACCACAUCUGACCGUCCGCGGAUUUCGUUGGUCCGUCAUUCUAAACCGAAAAUGGUCACCGUGCAGGAUGCGUUGACGGUUUUUUUUCUGAAAACAAGCAUGCACAGCAGAAUUUAUUGGGGCCAAUAAAUUUCGUGACGGCUUUUCAACUGCAGCCCGUCUCUGCAUAACAUAGGUAACGAAUGAAAGUGCACAGCGGUAUGAAUUUGUACAGAAUGGCAGUGCAUACGAGCGAGGUCAAAGUUCAAGGCAAUGAAUAAUCAGAUAAGACGUCCGCAUAAGCAUCAUAUAGGAAAGAGGUAGACAAGUGUUAACAACAAAUCACAGUCAGGAGUAACUUGAGGCGUGAGAUUACCAGGGCAAUUGCAGAUUGAACACGUGAUCUAACUGCUUGCACAGGUCUGGUUUUCUCUGGUUUUUGUUCUGUCUGCUAUGAUGCUGCACACAGCGGACGCUUAAUAUCAUACAGACACAUUAUCCCAGAGCCAGACAGCUCCAAAGACUACAUCUGAACAUUCGGUAUACGACUGAUCUUUCGCUUUAGACGCCGAUAAAUUAAAGCGAUUUCUAAAAAGUGAACAUAGCUAGAUCACUUUAUUCUUUCGUACAAACACUGUCUUCUAUUAGGGUUUUUCCGGAAAACACUAGUCGAUUCCAGGACCUGGCAUCUAUUCGUGGAAAGGGUAACACGCAGCACAUGUUAAAGUUAGUUAAAUUAUGAUCCCUAGACAUUUGUUCGUCUCUGCUAUCGAUAGAGAAGACUGUUUACGCUCGAUAAAGAUUUAGAGGCUCUGGUGCUAAAAAUCUUUGAAUUCGGCUUCCGCCUCAGUUUUAUUCUGGAUGUUCAGAAAAGUGGUAGUUAGUGAGUGAAAGAUCGGGAAAAUAUGGAAGAUGUGGUAAAGUCUCGUCUCCCAAGUCGUUGAUUUUCGGCGGUGUUCAUCUGGCAACAUGUGGCCGUGCGUUUUUGCGGAGCAGAGAUAAUUUUUCCCAAGCGAACAUUUAUUCUUUCGGGUGGCUUGCAGUAAUCCUCUGCUGUAAUGCUCUCAUUAGCGUCCAGAAAACUGUAAUGAAUAACACUACUAUCAGACCACCAGACCGUCACCAUUGUCUUCUGUUAAUGGAAUCUCGGUUCCUUGAAAUGUUCGGGGGCUUCGCCACGAUCAAGCAGUUGCCCUGAUCGCUUAAGGUUAUCAUGAACGAUCCACGUUUCUUCAUGCGUCAUCAUUUGAUCAAUAAAUAUAAGAUUAUAGCUUCGGAGAGAGGACAUCGAACAACUAUAAAAAACACCAUAAUCUUUGGUUUCUAUUAAGCUUAUGCGAGACCAAACUAUAGAGCCCUUCUGCCUCACUGACCUGCGCUAGAUGGAAGGGCACCGUUGUAGUAUUGACACCGCUUGCCUUGGACAUUUGUCCAACGGUAGCUUUCAAAAGGUUAUUUUCAAGAGCGCACGGCUGUCGUCUACCUUCUUUAUCUUCAGGGAUCCCACCACCAUUACGGAAUCGCUGAGACCACGUCCGUACUCUCCGAUCACUUGCGAGAGCUUCGCAUUACUCUCUGUUGA